AUGCUUUCUCAGAAAAGAUGCUGGAUUCAUCUAUCGAGAAGAGCCAUCUCAAACACUAAAGCCGCUACUGCGUCACCAUCGCAGCCUAAAAGACGCAGAUCAACCACAUUUUCAGAUACCCUCAACAAGGGCCCUUCUUUUGAGGAUUUUGUCAACGGUAAAGCUGCACAAACGGUUUUAGACCCUUUACAACAAGCAAGGGAUAACGUAGAAGAAGCCAAACGGUUGCCUAAAUGGCUCAAAGUGCCAAUUCCCAAAGGUUCAAAUUUCCAUAAACUGAAAAAAGACGUUAGAGAACUGAAACUGAGCACGGUUUGCGAAGAAGCCAAAUGUCCCAACAUUGGUGAGUGCUGGGGAGGAGCUGACAAGUCUAAGGCUACGGCUACUAUUAUGCUUCUAGGUGACACUUGCACACGUGGCUGCAGGUUCUGCUCAGUCAAGACAAAUAGAACACCUACUAAGCCGGACCCAAUGGAACCUGAGAAUACAGCUGAAGCUGUGUCUCGUUGGGGUUUGGGCUACGUGGUACUCACCACUGUUGACAGAGACGAUCUUUCGGACGGUGGGUCGCACCAUCUGGCUGAAACUGUUCGGAAAAUCAAGCAGAAAGCCCCAAACACUUUGGUGGAAACUCUAUCAGGGGAUUUCAGAGGCGACCUCAAUAUGGUUGAAGUCAUGGCGCAAAGUGGCCUUGAUGUUUACGCACACAAUAUGGAAACCGUUCAAGAACUGACCCCACACGUGAGAGACAGAAGAGCCACGUACGCCCAAUCCUUGAGUGUUCUUAAUCACGCUAAGAAAACCGUCCCUACACUCAUCACCAAGACUUCUUUGAUGCUUGGACUGGGUGAAACCGACGAUCAAGUCCUGCAAACGUUAAAGGAUUUGCGUGCCAUUGGCUGUGAUAUCGUAACAUUCGGCCAGUACAUGAGGCCCACUAAGAGACACAUGAAAGUUGUCGAAUACGUCAACCCGGAAAAAUUCGAGUACUGGAAAAACAAGGCCCUGGAGUUGGGAUUUUUGUACUGUGCAUCAGGACCUUUGGUGAGGUCUUCGUACAAAGCUGGAGAGGCUUUCCUCGAAAAUAUUUUGAGGAAAAGACUCACGAACUAA